GGUCGGUCGGUUCAUGGUAGCCAUGGCUCGAUUUGCUGCGCUACUGCUGCUACCGGUUCUCAUUGAAUCGGUCGUUUCAAUCUCUUUCUUUUUACCGGUCAACUCCAGGAAGUGUUUACGAGAGGAGAUCCACAAAGACGUCCUGGUUACGGGGGAUUAUGAGAUCAGCGAGCAGGCGAACACCAAAACUAACCUGAAGAUCACUGACUCUUCCAGCCACACUCUGUACUCUAAGGAAGAUGCAACAAAAGGAAAGUUCGCCUUCACCACAGAGGACUAUGACAUGUUUGAGGUUUGCUUUGAAAGCAAAUCCCCCAUGGGAACGGGAAGAGUGCCGGACCAACUGGUCAAUCUGGACAUGAAGCAUGGUGUCGAGGCCAAAAACUACGAAGAGAUUGCAAAGGUGGAAAAACUGAAGCCUCUGGAGGUUGAGCUCAGGCGGCUGGAAGACCUGUCUGAGUCCAUCGUCAAUGACUUUGCGUAUAUGAAGAAGAGAGAAGAGGAAAUGCGGGACACCAAUGAGUCAACGAACACGCGCGUGUUGUACUUCAGCAUAUUUUCCAUGUGCUGUCUCAUCGGUCUGGCCACGUGGCAGGUCUUCUACCUGCGGCGCUUCUUCAAGGCAAAGAAGCUGAUCGAGUAGAUCCACUCAUCUGGCUCCUUCCCUCGAGGGACGCUGCCUCCCAGUCAGCAAACACAUCCCAGCAUCCACCCUCCUUGGACUAGCUUCAACAAACAGCAAGUGGGGUUUAGGGGGCUCAAAAUCUAGUUUUCGAAGCUCUGAGAGUAUCCAUGUUUCCUCUGGGGGAAAAUAAGAUUUACCUGCUUCUUAUUUAGUCGUUGGAAACAUGACAACCCUGUAGAGAGAAAUGCAUUGUGGGACAUGGGGGAUGGCCAUUUCUUUCUACACUGUUGUGAAUGUUGCUUUUGUUAAAUAAGAUCUUUCUCUCCAUGAAACGUUUGAAAAGUUUGUUUCUUUUUGUUUUUGAGCUCAGUUUGAGUGGAUGUGCCACAAGUGAAUGUCUGCUCUUCUGUUAUUGUACACAUUCUUUGGAAAGCCACACAAACUAAACACCCUUUUAUCAAGUGGAGGCUUUUUGAGACUUGGUGAGUUUGUUCCUUUAAGACAGUUGGCAACCUCUGAACCUCCGUGUUGUCACCUAAAUUACAUACGUGUUCGGUAGCUAAAUUUAACUGUGUCUUUAGUUUGUUUUCAUAUGGUAAUUACCACCUAGUUGCUUCUACUGGUAUCUUUUUUUUUUUUUUCUCGGGUGGGUGGGGUUUGAGUUUUCAGGUUAAUGUUUUCUCAAUUAUAAAUUUAAUCUCUUUAAACUUUCGCAUGUUCAGAUAAUUUUUUUUUUUUUUUUUUUUUUUUUUUUUUUACAUACAUCAAAAGUAUCCUGAAACCAAUAUCCUUCCAACAUCCAGUUUUUCCCCUUUUCGAUGUAUUUAUGCAAACUUUGUCUUGUCGGAUUACAGUGAUUUGAGGCUGUGACAAGAUUUGAACCGACACCCUUUUGCUUCACAUUCUAGCAAGUCUAAGUUUCAGAAUAUCACUUGCUGAUCCAUCCAGUGUUCCCGUUUUCAUUCAAAUAUCUGAGGCCUGGCUAACAGGAAUGCGGGUGGUUACAGAUAUUCAUAUUGUUUUUUUUUUUUUUUUUUUUUGUUUUGACAGGACGUAUUGAAGGCUGUCCUGGUACAUUUUUAACAACAAACAUGCGCAUGGAGCGCAGCCAAUUUUUAUGUUGACUGGUAAAUUUUGUAAAUUUGUGUUGGGCUUUUAUUCAAUAAAAUAUUGGAUGGAUUUACA